CCUGCAAUGCCGACAGUUACGCUGCAUUUCGAUGCCAUCCUCUUCGAUAUGGAUGGCACCCUGGUCGAUUCAACCGAUGGUGUCGUUGGCGCCUGGGAGCUCUUCGCAGAGAAGUACCCCGGGUUGAAUGUUACUGAGAUCUUGAGUUCGGCCCAUGGCGUACGGACCGUAGAGAACCUCAGAUUGCACUGUGGCAUCACUGAUGCCGCCGAACUUGAGCGUGAAGCGAACCGUUUCGAGGACGCCAUCGUCGUUGAGUCGAAGAAGAACGGCCGCCAAGGCAUCGUUGCACUCCCCGGAGUCAAAGAUAUUUUGAACUCGAUCGGGCCCCACCAUCAUUUGCCCAAGCCCAAAUGGGCCAUCUGCACCUCUGCCACCAAGAACUACGCGAGUGCAGCACUGAAAGCUGCCGGGCUCCCUGUGCCCGAUGUUUUCGUAGUGUCAGAAGAUGUACAGAAGGGGAAGCCUGAACCUGAUCCCUACCUGUUGGGUGCUGAGCGUGCCGGCGUCGACCCCGCGCGGUGCCUGGUUGUCGAGGAUGCGCCUGCAGGUGUCCGCAGCGGACGGGCUGCUGGGUGCAAGACCCUGGGGUUGGUCACUUCGCACACCCGCGAACAAAUCGAUGAGGCGAAGCCGGAUUACGUCGUCCCGAAUCUCGCUAGCGUCACGAUGAAGGCUGUCGAGACCGGCGUAGAGGUGACGAUCACGACCGACUGAUUUGCUCGCGGCUAGCCAUCCACACGACAUAGACGAAUGCCCACACUGACAACGUUCAGAGGGGUAUACAUCAUAGAGGAACCAUGCGGCGUUACGAUAUCUUAGUGUACAGGUCUACUGGUCGUCGAAAUCCUGUAGAAGAUCAUCACAGCGACUGUUAGAGAGGAACCCAAAUCGCAUAUCAUCAAAUGCAUAGCUUACCACCUUCACCGGCC